GAGUAUCCUGGAUACCUGUCUGUGCUUGUUGUGUUCAUUUAACGAAUCAUAGCAUAUCACAGUCCACGAUGUCCCUGUAUCCCUCAACGUUCCAGCUGAAUCCUUCGCUGUGUCUUCACCUCCUUUGCCUGCUGCUGCUCCUCACUGACUCCUCCUCCGGAGCAUCUGAAAACGUCCCAGUUCCAGCUGACCCCCUAACCCACAUCAACACAACACAAGGUAAUCAUGGUAGCAUCAGUGAAAAUGCAGCGAAGGAUUCCCCAGAGACCAGUUCCCUACAGUCCCCUAUCUCAGACCCUAACAACACCAGUUGGAUCUUCAGUGCAACCAGGGACCAGUCCUCCCCCAACUCAUCUUCAUCCAAUACCCAUAUGUCUGUCAGCCACAAAUUAAAAGACACUAUAGCACACUUAAUCCCACCCAAUCACUCUGCAGGAGGAAACCAUUCAUCCAUGGCCUUACCAUCCAGUCAGCAGCUAGUAUCACCGGACCCCCAGCCUCCAUCACCAGAGACAGUCACUCACCCUCCAGUUCUUCCCUCUACAAUCACAGCCUUGCCCACUCAGGCUGCUCAUACUGGAUCCAUUACAAGUACUGGUACUAUUACAUCCACCACUGCAAAGCCUGAUAUAGAUGUAUAUGCAGACACUGUACUGGUGACUUCUACAACCACAACAACAAGAACCACAACAACACCAACGUCUACAACAACAAGAACCACAACAACACCAACGUCUACAACAAACCACAACAAUACCAACGUCUACAACAACAAGAACCACAACAAUACCAACGUCUACAACAACAAGAACCACAACAACACCAACGUCUACAACAACAACAACACCGACGUCUACAACAACAAGAACCACAACAACACCGACGUCUACAACAACAACACCAACAACAACACCAACGUCUAUAACACCAACAACAACAACAACAACAUCUAUAACAACAAGAAGUGCUAA